AUCAUUAUUUGUUACCAGACUGGAGAGCACCUUCCCACAAACCUCGCUCACUGGGUUCAAGUUUACCGUACACUCAACAUACCACAAAACAGCCCGGGGGGAUGACCCCACAGGCAGUACCCGCCACAUCUGUUCGCUGAAACCUCACCUGUAUAAUAAAGCGACAGGCGCGGGCGACUAUUCAGCUCGUCGCUUUAUCAUGGACGAGGAUCAAGAAACAGCUACAGAAAACCCCGUGGGGGAGAGGCAGUCUGGAGAUGAUCCGAUUUCGCCGUGCCGCGACGAAGCACGCGAUAGCUCCGAGGAAGGCGAGGUCCUGGUCAAGCGAACGCCAAGGCCUCGCAGCCGCCACAGCCGCAACCUUAUUGCCUCGAGCGAGGGCGACAACGACGAUUCCGAGCAGGACGUGGCUCCGAUCAAGCGGACGCCAAGGCCUCGCAACCGUCGUCGCUAUGAGCAUACUGCCUCGGAUGAGGACGGCAGCGAUGACGUCGGUAUCCAUUCGUCAUCCACUAAGCGGCGGCGUCUUAUCCACAAAGGCGCGCCCGGAGCCGAGGAGACUCUAGAGCACGGCGUUGAGGGGACGCCGGGCCCAAGUUGCGAGGUCCGUGGCUCCCAAGGACGCCGGUCACGGCGGAAUAAGCAUCUCGAACUGCUCCGACGCCGCAGGCAAGGCGAGGGAGACAGCAAGGCCGACGAGACGUCCUCCUCGUCUGGCGAAGAUCGCGUGGGUCUAUACGAUACUGAUCCCGAGAACCCAGCUUUGGAUGAGUUCGAUGACGAGGAAAGCGACGACCAACUUCGCACUGGAAGGAGUGAGGAGAAUAAGGACGACGACUCGAGGAUCGACAAAGCCAAAAAUACGGAUAUGGACGACUUCAUCGACGACAGCGUGGGCAUGAACGACGCCUCGGCUUCGCUAGAGAACGUGGGCUUCGAAAUACCCUUAGAAUUUACAGCACAGGCUCGCAAGCCAAUGUCGGCUUAUUUUCAGGAUGCAAUCGAAUGGCUUAUCCAGUUCCACAUCAGCCCAUCCUUCAAAAAGAACCGGCCGACCUACCUCAUGGCCUGGCGCAAGCUCGGCGAUGAAGUUCUGGCUCUUGCGGUGUCUAGGUUCUCGUCGUCGGUCUGGACAGCCGAGUUCUACAGAACCCUCCGCGCGCGCCCCUAUAUUGACGAACACACGCCCGAGAGAUAUCCCACCCUCGCCGAAGAUCUGGACGACUGCCAGGCAUGCAACCGCACGAACCACCCAGCAACCAGUCACAUCCGGUUCACUGGAGCCCCCUACGAUCCAGACUCUCUGGAAGAGCUCUCGAAUGACUCCUCGAGCGACGGCGACGGCGACAGCGACGAGGACGACGGCGACAGGGACCAGCACGGUCACAUCAUCGCGGCAGAAGGCCGGGAGUGGUUGGUUGGCAGUGUUUGCGCAAGCAAUGCCCAGACGGCCCAUGAUCUCUAUCACUGGAAGCACUCUCUCAAAGACUGCGUUAGGGAUUUGCUUGCUCAGAGGGGGUUUCUUAGGCAGGAGAAGCUGGCGGAGAGGGAGCACCUCUCAGUUGAGGAGUGCAGAGAGAUUUGUGUGGGUAUCAAUAAUGAUUGGGUCAGCACUGGCGUCGUGGAGCGGCUCUAUCAGGAGUUCACAAAUAUGCUGGAAGAGGCUCUGAUCAAGCGCACAACAAGGUCGAGGAGGGCCGGCAGGUGAUAAGGUGGCAGGUAUCGGUUGUGUACAAAUAAGUGUAUCUAAGCGCACAAUGCGUAGCCACUUGGAGCGAUGGUUAUUUAAGAGGGAAGCGGCUCGGAUCAAAUAGCAUGAGAAGCCUUCGUCCUCUACCUCAAUUCCAAAUCCCAAGAUCCUUGGCUGCC